AAUCCCGAAAGAAGAAAGAGCCACUCUCUCUUUACUCAAACGGCGCGAAGCGACCACAACACAUCUUUGAUUGAUGUCAUAUGGCAGCCAGCGACAGUCAUCACCGCUCCACCUGAGCUCUGCAACUUUCUCUCAAGGCGGACUUUGCUUUUUUUCCUCCUCUACUUGCUGCUGAAGUUUCCUCACAGCCAGAUCUCUGUCAAGAUCUCAAGAAGCGGGCUGCAUUCCAAUUCAUUAAAGCUAACACUGUCGACGAAGAAGAAGAGUGUCUUUCUGUGCUGGCCCGCUCCCCGUUUCACCCCGUCCACCCCGCCUGAGUCUGAGAGGAUCAUCACCAUCUCCAGGAUGAGGCGUGCAUCUCAAAAUUGGCUGAGGGGCGUGUCCCUGCUCCUGCUGCUCCAGACGACCGCGUCCAUGGUGAUGCUUCUGAACUCCACUGGCUGGGGGCAGAUUCUGGACAAGUAUCUGGACGAGGAUGGGGACUGGUGGGAGGCCAAGCAGAGGGGGAAGAGGGCCAUUACGGACAGUGAUGCUCAGCUCAUCCUGGACCUUCACAACAAGCUCAGAGGCCAGGUUUACCCUCCGUCUUCCAACAUGGAGUACAUG